AUGGAAAGACUGCGCCAGAUCGCCUCCCAAGCCACCGCUGCCUCGGCCGCCCCAGCCAGACCAGCCCACCCGCUGGACCCUCUGUCCACGGCCGAGAUCAAGGCCGUCACCAGCACCGUCAAGAGCUACUUUGCCGGUAAGCAGAUCAGCUUCAACACCGUCACUCUGAGAGAGCCUGCCAGAAAGGCCUACAUCCAGUGGAAGGAGCAGGGUGGCCCUCUGCCUCCUCGACUUGCGUACUACGUGAUUCUGGAGGCCGGCAAGCCCGGUGUGAAAGAGGGUCUUGUUGACCUGGCCUCCCUGUCUGUUAUCGAGACCAGGGCUUUGGAGACCGUCCAGCCGAUUCUGACCGUCGAGGACCUGUGCGCCACCGAGGACGUCAUCAGAAAAGACCCCGCCGUCAUCGAGCAGUGUGUGCUGUCGGGCAUCCCUGCCAACGAGAUGCACAAGGUGUACUGCGACCCAUGGACCAUUGGCUACGACGAGAGAUGGGGCACCGGCAAGAGACUGCAGCAGGCCCUUGUGUACUACAGAUCCGACGAGGACGACUCGCAGUACUCGCACCCGCUCGACUUCUGUCCGAUCGUCGACACGGAGGAGAAGAAGGUGAUUUUCAUCGACAUCCCCAACAGAAGAAGAAAAGUGUCCAAGCACAAACACGCCAACUUCUAUCCUAAGCACAUGGUCGAGAAGGUCGGCGCCAUGAGACCAGAGGCGCCUCCUAUCAACGUGACCCAGCCAGAGGGAGUUUCGUUCAAGAUGACCGGCAACGUCAUGGAAUGGUCCAACUUCAAGUUCCACAUCGGUUUCAACUACAGAGAAGGCAUUGUUCUGUCGGACGUGUCGUACAACGACCACGGCAACGUGAGACCGAUCUUCCACCGAAUCUCGCUGUCCGAGAUGAUUGUUCCGUACGGCUCGCCAGAGUUCCCUCACCAGAGAAAACACGCUCUGGAUAUCGGCGAGUACGGCGCCGGGUACAUGACGAACCCGCUGUCGCUUGGCUGCGACUGCAAAGGCGUGAUCCACUACCUCGACGCCCACUUCUCCGACAGAGCAGGAGACCCCAUCACCGUGAAGAACGCCGUCUGUAUUCACGAGGAGGACGACGGGCUGCUUUUCAAGCACUCCGACUUCAGAGACAACUUUGCCACCUCGAUCGUCACGAGAGCCACCAAGCUGGUCAUCUCGCAGAUCUUCACUGCCGCCAAUUACGAGUACUGUCUGUACUGGGUGUUUAUGCAGGACGGAGCCAUCAGGCUCGACAUCAGACUCACGGGUAUUCUGAACACGUACAUUCUGGGCGACGACGAGGAGGCCGGUCCGUGGGGAACCAGAGUGUACCCUAACGUGAACGCUCACAACCACCAGCACCUGUUCUCCCUGAGAAUCGACCCGAGAAUUGACGGCGACGGUAACUCUGCUGCCGCCUGCGACGCCAAGCCGUCGCCCUACCCGCUCGGCUCGCCAGAAAACAUGUACGGCAACGCCUUCUACUCGGAAAAGACCACCUUCAAGACGGUCAAGGACUCGCUCACCAACUACGAGUCUGCCACCGGCAGAUCCUGGGACAUCUUCAACCCCAACAAGGUCAACCCGUACUCGGGCAAGCCUCCUUCCUACAAGCUGGUGUCUGCGCAAUGUCCACCUUUGCUGGCCAAGGACGGAUCGUUGGUGGCCAAGAGAGCGCCAUGGGCCUCACACUCGGUCAACGUCGUGCCUUACAAGGACAACAGACUGUAUCCAUCGGGCGACCACGUUCCCCAGUGGUCUGGAGAUGGCGUGCGCGGUAUGAGAGAGUGGAUCGGCGACGGCUCCGAGAACAUCGAGAACACCGACAUCCUGUUCUUCCAUACUUUCGGGAUCACCCAUUUCCCAGCCCCAGAGGACUUCCCACUGAUGCCUGCCGAGCCGAUCACCCUGAUGCUCAGACCUCGGCACUUCUUCACCGAGAACCCGGGCCUGGACAUCCAGCCGUCCUACGCCAUGACCACCUCCGAAGCCAAGAGGGCCGUGCACAAGGAGGCCAAGGACAAAACCUCGAGACUUGCCUUUGAGAGCUCUUGUUGCGGUAAAUAA